GAGCGAAUUUUACCCCAAGGAAGGCACGAAAUUCCAUUCUCUUAUACGUUACCGAAGACAUUGCCGUCAUCAUUUGAGGGCGAAUAUGGUUUUGUUAGGUAUACUUGUACAGCUACAUGCGAGAGGCCUUGGGAUGUGGAUAUUGUGUCGAAGCGAGCGUUUACAGUUGUCGGAAUUGAGGAUAUCAACCAGGAGCCUGAGACAAUGGAACCAGCUUGUGUUUCGGAGUGUGACUCGUCGGUGAGUUUUUGUUGCCGGAAGCAAGGCUCUGUGUCGGUAAAGCUUUCACUCGAUCGAACUGGAUUUACACCUGGCGAACAGUUCCAAGUGAACGCAACAAUCACCAACGACAGUUCCAAGACCAUCAGAUGUUCAGCGUUGAAAAUGAGGCAGCAAGUUGAUUACAGGGCAAAAACAUUUGCUGGAAGUGAGCACGUGAAAUCGGCCAGUAGGGUGAUCGUGAAGAAGGAAAAAGGCGAAAUUGCGCCACAUUCAAAAUUUGCCUGGAUUAACGAGAACGUUGUUGUGCCUUCCAUUCCUCCGCGAUUAUCCCGGUGUAAAAUUAUACAGAUCACUUAUACGCUUGAGCUCGACGUUGAUGGUUGUGUUAAAGCGGUGCUGCCAAUUCAGAUUGGCACAAUACCAUGCCUGUCGAAUAUCGUGGAACGCACUAUUAACGGCCAGAAGAAGAUGGAUAGCCCAGGGGCUGCAAACGGCGCUACGCCAACCCAGUCCAUUCCGAAGCCUGUCUUCGAUGGGUCUACUAUUCAGGUAAAACAAGUUUGGAAAGCCACUAAUAUUGGCCAAAUCAAGGAGAAAACGGAUCUUGUCAAAACUGUGGAGGUUACGGUAACGAAUGAAAGCGGUCAAACGCUGGACAAUACGAGUGAUGGCGAGGAUCUGAGUCCGCAAGCCGAAGUGCUUUUGUUUGCAAAAAAGCGCGUACGAAUGCCGAGCUCCAUUCUCAGCGAACUCUAUCCAAAACUUCCCAGCCCCUAUUACAGGUGA